AACGAUGAGCUACAAACCAACAUUUCCUUUAGUUGGGUUCAUGUGGAAAUGUUCAGCAUUCUAGAUCGUGGCUGACAGCCUAAUCAAUCACACUGAUAAUUCAGUAUUCUAAUCGCCGGCCGGCACGGCACUACUAGCACUCACCUUCCUCCCUUGUCUUUUCAGAAGUAUCCAAGCUUAUCACCGUCAUUGCAAAACCGGGUUAGCUCUGUGGUUAGCGUCCAACAAAGCCGACAUCACCCGUGGCUUUGGUUCCUCCUGUCACUUGGAAACUCUUCCGAAGCCUGUCGGAACGAUGGGUCGCCGAUUCCCUGUCAGAUGUGCAGACAGCUGCAGGAGGCCGCAGGAGCGACCACGUUUGGUGAGCGAAUUGCCCGCUCGCGAUCCGGCGAUCGGCCCGUCUCCAGGUGACGGCCGUCCGUUGGGGUUCACUGACGUAGUAGCGCGAGAAGAUCGAUGGGCCAGGUAGGUCAGGCCUCGCCGUCCGAUUGCGCUUCGCGACCGGCGACCUGGAUGCUGCAUCGGUUGGUCGGCCAUUUUUUUACCAAGCAGCAGCCGACGUGGCGCGACACGUACGCUCGGUCCGGCGGCGGGGGGCUGCUCGGCCCAACGCGUGUCGCCGGACGUGUCCGCCCGCACGAAGAAAGCUCCCGGCCCAGUCCCAUGGGGCGCUGGGGCUUCCAGCGCGCUCCCCCCGAUCAAUCACCAGCAGCCGCGAUCGGGGUCCUCGGGGCAAUGGGCGGUGGCAAGAAGAAGAGGGACGCGGUGAGAGGUGCCGACGCGGCCGCGCGGCCCGCGGCGAGCUGCAUGGCCGCCACCAUCGUCGCCGUCGUCGUCCUGCUCGUCGUGGCGUCGGCCCUCCUGUUCCUGCUCUCGCCGCCGACGGCGCCGGGCGGCGGCGGGGCGGAGGGACCGCCCCGCGAGCCGGUGGAGCUGGCGAUCGGCAUCGCCGGCCACGAGGGCUGGCUCGACGCGCUCCGCGCGUGGGCGAAGCUCGCGUGCUUCAACCUCCGCCCGGCCGAGCAGCGGUACGACGUGCUGCGGAGCCCGGCGUCGGUGAAGGCGGCGGCCAAGGAGAGCCUGGAGAUGGGCAAGGAGGCGGUGAAGCACUCGGCAGAGUCGGCGGCCAGGGCCACGGAGGAGGCCCUGGAGAGGACCACGGAGAAGGUCAAGAGGAAAGUCUCGCUCUCGCGCUCGCCGUCGGCGCGGCGCCGUGAUGGAGACCUCUGAACCAAACUUUUUUUUUUCUGUUCCUAAAAAGCUUGAGCUCUGUACUGACCCUGUACUCUGUAGCGUGUAAAAUUGUCAUGAUUGUACUGUACCACGAGUCGACAUCGUA